CCGAAUCUGAAUGUGAACAGGAACAAACGCCAUUCAGUCAGUAUCCAUCCACCCAGCUAACAGUCUUGUUCGCAGUGGUCGUCGUCAAUAGAAGCCGGCCCCCGGAAUCAGAACACCGCCGUUUUGCGGUCAGUUCGCGCGAAAAAUUUACGUGUCAUCCAAUCAGUGCAGUGCAAUCGUCUGGGCAGUUCGCAGGUCCUGUCGCUUUUUAUUCGGUGGCGUGUGUGGGAUGACCGGUCCCGUUCGGUUGCCGCGUCGCACAUAGACAAAGUGUCGUCACCUUUCGACCGUCAUCCAUCGUCGUUUAUACUCCUUACGUUUUGUUUUUUUGUUUUGAUCGCUUGUUUCGGAGGUGUUCCUCGGCUCAAUCGGUUGUCUCGUGUGUGUGUGUGUGUGUGUGUUUUCGGCCCCCACUUCUCCCGUUCGUACUAACUAGUAGUAGGUGAAGAAGAGACACUCAAAAGAGAAUUCUACCGGUUGCGUGGUGCGUCCACAUGCCGCACAAAGAUUCCUGUUUGGAAGUGGGACCGCAGAUAAUGUGAAACAUAUGUCAUUGGUGUGAAUUUCAGAAUGUGAUAAUAGGAUGAUUGGUCGGUGUCAUUUGGCUUUUUGGAGUGAAUGCAGCCGAAAAAUUGCUGUAGUCUACGAGAAAUUGGUGAUUAAUUGGUUGUGCUUCGCGAGGUGCACUACGAUAUAUAUGUAGGUAUACAAAUGUGGCCCUGCGUCGAUAAUGGAAUGAUGCCGCCUACGCGUGGAUAGUGUGUUAAUUAAAAUUCCAUGUUUGGCUGACUCCCUCUCGUUUGUCUCGCCGCUCGUAAUGUAUGCAACCGUAGCGAUUAAUUAAAAUUUCAUGAGAAAAACAGAUUUUUACUGCCACAGCAUUGUGUAGAGGUAAUUCGUGGAACAAUGAACCGGUACACGAUUUUCGGUAUUGUUGGCUGGUUCGGUCUCCUGCUACUGCCCUUGCUGGUGACCACUUCGCCAGACAGUUAUUUGAAAAUGUUCCCUGUCCAGUCCCAGUUCGAUCCGUGCUACGACGAGGACCGACCGCGACGUUGUGUUCCGGAUUUUGUGAAUGCUGCGUUCGGAAUGCCCAUCGAAGCCUCUUCCACGUGUGGAUUGCGUGGACCCGUCGAGGUAUGCGAUAGUCAAGAACUUCGCGGACCCUGCCAUCAGUGUGAUGAUUCCAAUCCACGAAAGAGACAUCCGGCUUCCGCCCUAACGGAUGUGAACAAUUCGAUCAAUGUGACCUGUUGGCGCUCGGAACCAAUACCGACUCCGAUCGAAACGAACGCUCCUCCAGAUAAUGUCAGUCUGACAUUGUCGUUGGGUAAAAAGUACGAACUGACAUACGUAAGUAUGACCUUCUGUCCGGCAGCCGUCAAACCAGACUCGAUCGCUAUCUACAAGAGUGCCGAUUUUGGAAAAUCCUGGCAACCGUUCCAAUUCUAUAGUUCCCAAUGCAGACGAGUUUACGGGCGUCCAAAUCGGGCGACCAUCACCAAAGGUAACGAACAGGAAGCUCGCUGCACCGAUGCUCACCGUCAUAUGGGUGAAUCAACCGGAAUACAGGGCUCACGGAUUGCGUUCAGCACUCUGGAAGGUCGUCCAUCCGCAUCGGAUUUUGACUCUUCUCCAGUCCUUCAGGACUGGGUUACCGCUACCGACAUCCGGGUAGUCUUCCAUCGACUUGAAAUGCCCCAGGAGUCCAUGGAAGAUCUACUUUUGCUAGGAUCACCACAGGUUCCGGCUUCGUUCCGUCAGAAAAAGGAUCCGUAUGGCUUCAAUGGUAUCGACAGUUUCGAGGAAGUUAGUUCCACAAUUCCUACGGUAACCGUUCCGCUUGCCACGCAUCACUAUGCCAUGUCCGAUUUUGCCGUUGGAGGCCGCUGCAAGUGCAAUGGACAUGCUUCACGUUGUAUGCUCGGACGGGACGAUGAAUUGAUGUGCGACUGCAAGCACAACACCGCCGGACGGGAUUGCGAACGGUGCAAGGCUUUCCACUUCGAUCGGCCUUGGGGUCGAGCCAAUGCCCGAGAGUCCAACGAGUGUAAAAUAUGCAACUGCAAUGGACAUGCCCGACGCUGCCGUUUCAACAUGGAACUGUUCAAGAUGUCCGGUAGGAUUUCGGGCGGUGUGUGUCUGAACUGUCGGCACGCGACCACCGGAAGGCACUGUCACUAUUGCCGCGAGGGAUACUAUCGGGAUGCAACGAAACCGAUCACCCACAGGAAGGUUUGCAAACCAUGCGACUGUCAUCCGAUUGGUUCAUCCGGCAAAACCUGUAACCAUACCACAGGACAGUGCCCUUGCAAGGAUGGAGUAACAGGCUUGACCUGCAAUCGCUGCGCUCGCGGUUACCAGCAAAGUCGAUCGCACAUUGCUCCGUGCAUAAAAAUACCGCGUGUCAUCAGCAUCGUUCAUCCGCAGAACACGGCACCCGAUCCGCAGCGACAUGAUCCGGAGGCGCCAUCCUAUCGGACGGACGCCGGAAGGGAGUGCGGAAAGUGCAAGAUCGGCACCAAACGGCUAAAUCUAAACAAGUUCUGCAAAAGAGAUUACGUAAUAAUGGCCAAAGUGAUAACAAAGGACACGAAGAGCGACAACGGAAACCUAAAAAGCAGCAACAACCAAAACAGCAACGACGUGGCAAAGUUCACACUAAGCGUCCAAAAAGUGUUCAAAAAGAGCCCCAGUCCAAGCAGCCCGUUAGCGGUAGCUCUGAGAAGAUCCAGCCACGUAACCCUCGUCGUGGACAUCAAAGAUCUCGAGUGCCGAUGUCCGAGAAUAAAAGUCAAUAGAUCCUAUCUGAUCCUCGGACGGGAUACCGAAGGACCACCAGGAGCGCUUGGCAUCGGACCUCGAUCGAUCGUCAUAGAAUGGCGUGACGAAUGGCAUCGACGGUUAAGGAAGUUUCAACGACAAGCAGCACGCACAUGCCACUAAUCAGUCUCGGUACGGUUCGAAAGCAGCAACGGAACCAGACGAGAUUUUUUAACAAUAGCCGAUUAAGAUAUAUAUUUAUUGAUUAAAGUAAUAAAUUAUCGCUAAAUUAUUGUAUGAUCAGUCCGAUCUUUCUGGCAAAGAAGACGCUGCCGUUUGCAUAACACAGUGGAACAAUCCAUCAAUGCAAUGCUAAUGACAGUCGGGUUUCCGCGUAUAAAUUUAUAUCAAGACGUACGUAAGAUUUAUGCAUUGAUUCUGUUUUCCCUCUUGGUACCUUUGUGCAUAGUUUCAUCUCCCAAGAGCAGUCCAAUCUAUACACAACAUUACAAGCAAUCAUGGCGUUAUAAAUCUACACAUCUAUGCAUGUAUAUCUUUGCAAAUCGUUACUUCUACCACUAGAUGUAAGUUAGUACCCUACCAUUGCAUAUUUAUGUAAUUUGUUGAUCGUUGAAAGUUCCUUAGAUCGUAGAUGCUACUCUAACUCCUAUUCCUGACUCAAAUGUCGCCAUAUCAAAGCAGUAUUUUUAACAGUUAAGUAAUUCGUGUGAUCAUCAAAUCUACUUGAAAAAUCAACUGGUGAACAAAAUCUACCGAUAAAACACGUAUUUGUCGAAAAUAAAUCAUUUUG